UGCUUAGAUCAUAUAAGCUAAUAGCUUAGCUUAUAUCAUGACAAAAUAGAUCUAUUUUGUCAUGGCUUAUAUGGUCGAAGGUUCUAUGAUUAUAAUUUAUAAUGAAUACAUUCAGCAUUGAUUACAUAAUUGGAUUUUUAAAAAUAAAACGUGUUAGGUAUAAAAUAAAUGUAUAAUAUAGGUAUCUCCUAUAUUACUGCAUUCUAUUUUACCAACUGCCAACUAUCAAUAUUAUAGUAAUAUAGUAGUUUGCACUAGUUCGAUAUCGGUACUUCAAUUUUUAAUAUUUUAUUAUAAUUGUAAUCUGUAUUUAAGUCUAAAGAAUGAUUAUUUAAAUCCGUCCUGUAUGUGUGCUUAAGCUGUAGAUUUAGUGCUUUAAAACUCAAAUGAUAUCCAAUGAACUGGAUAAAUUACUAAUUUAUAUCAAUUGUUUAAUUUUUACUGGAAUUUCGUGUCAAAAAGUAAUAUUUCUACGUUUACUUACGAUAUCGACACUGGUGGAUUGUAAGCAUGGAUGAAUUGGAUUACGAGAAGAGUAAAAACUAUUGGUCUAAUAUCCCAGCUUCGGUGAAUGGUAUGCUCGGCGGGUUCUCCAGUUUGACGAAUAAGGACAUCAARGAUUCUGAGCUUUUCCUUAAGAAAUUGUUUCAAAUGAAAGACGGACCAUCCAAUGGUCGAGUGUUAGAUUGCGGGGCCGGCAUUGGCAGAAUAACCGAAAACCUCUUGUGCAAACACUUCAAAUGUGUUGAUAUGCUGGAACAGGACGAAAAGUUUUUGGAGAAAGCCAAACAAAAAUGUCGAGGGAUUAAUGUAGAAAACUUUUAUUGUUCUGGAUUACAGGAAUUCACGCCUGCUGACAAUCAAAAAUAUGACGUUAUAUGGAUCCAGUGGGUUCUUGGUUACAUUACAGAUGUUGAUUUGGUAGAGUUUUUAAAAAAAUGUAGUAAAUUGUUAAAUACAAAUGGCAUUAUAGUUGUUAAAGAAAAUAUUUCUCAAAACGAUGAAGGAGAAGUAGAUUCAGAAGACAGUUCGAUAACGAGGAGCUUAAUACAGUUCUGCAUUAUAUUCCAGCAAGCAAAUUUAAUAUGUAAAGCAAGCAGAACACAAAAAAAUUUUCCAUCAGAACUGUAUAAAGUUGAAAUGUUUGCAUUAAAACCAGCUGAUCAUCAAUCAAGUUCUUGAUAAAUAUAUAUGUAUAAUACUCACAAAUAUAACUCGUGAUCCUUUCAGUCUUUUAAA